UACCCAGUGGUAUGUCGCAGUAAAGUAUGCGCAGGAGCAUCUCAUCAAAACAAACAAAAUGGCGAUGUAAACAGAAAAAAAUAUGAUGUCAGAUCAAAUUAUUUUCGCAGUUUCUGGUUUAAACAGAGAAUAAAAUUUUGAAAUAAAAUGUUAGAUCUGGACGUGGUCCCUGAGCGCUCACUUGGCAACGAGGAAUGGGAAUUUGUGCUGGGUAAAUUGUAUUUUCAACUAAUUUUGUGUCUGUCAAAAAUGUGUCGUUUGACAUAUUUCUGCGAAGCCAACCCCUCGGCUUGUAAAAGUCGGGUCGAGUGAUAUAUGCAAUUCCCCAUAACUUAGCGCUGUAUCGUUCUGACUCGUUCUGUAGUAAAUCCUUUUUAUUUCUUAUACUGGGAACUGUAUUCUUGAAUUGAAUUUGUCUUAGAAUAGAAUAGAACGUAAAAACAGGAUUUGUUUACUAAAAAAGAACAAGGCAAUUCAAAUAUUGGCCAAUUUAAUGGGAUUUUUGUGUUCAACAACGUACCAAUAUUGCAAUUAAGAUAUGAUAUAACUAGCUCUAAAUAAUGAAUUUGAAUGUCAAAUUUUAUCAAAAUUUUAUGUUGGCUGGUUUCUAGGCAUGCCAGUGUCGCAGUGUAUACAAAUUUUAAAACGACAAUGUAUGGUUAUCAAAUCUGUGCAAGUUAUUUAUAGCGAGGCGGUAAGUUCAUAAAAUAUCAAGCUAAGCAAAUAUAGUAUAAAAAAUAUAAAACAAAAAAGUAUUUAAAACGACAGUGUUUUUUGUGUGUGUGUGUGUGUGUGUGUGUGUGUCAGUGUUGGUGUUUAAUGUACUCAGGUGAAUAUGAUGUUUGUGAUGUUACUCCGAGUGUGCAUCGAUCCACACCGGGCAAGCUGAAAAGUUUGCUUGGCCACGGCAUAGAUUAUAGAUCAUACCAGAUGUCUCACUGUGUAUCUAUCCCUAUGAUUUUCGUGUCCACGAUUUUCGUGAGGCUAUUAUGCCAGAUGACGCGUGCGACACUGCCAAAAUGGCGCUUACUGCCAAAAUGUGUGAUUGCUCACGUUUCAUGGCAUGGAUUACACUUACUGCCAAAAUGGCGGCCAACGUGUGCUCAUAAAAAAUCACAGACACAAUUUUUGCUGAGUGAGACAUCUGGUACAAUCUAUUAUCUGUGGCCACGGUGGGAAUCGAACCUGCGUCCUUUGGUGGGAAUUACAGUUAGAAUACACUGAUAUCAUAGAAUACACUGAUAUUGAAGGAACUAGAUUCAGUUCCGAAAUAUCAUCAACUCAAACUGACUUGACCACAUAGCUCAGUUGGCAGAGCAUUGGACUAGUAUCCCAAAGGUUGCAGGUUCGAUUCCCACCAUGGCCAAGCAAACUUUUCAGCUUGCCCUGUGUGGAUGCACACUCAGAGUAACAUCACAAACGAAGUGUUUUUGGUUUGUGUUACAUAUUCUCCGAUCCAAGUUUGUGUUAUCGAUUUUUUUAUCUUCAUAUUUGGCAAAAACAGGGAUGGAUCCAGCAUGAUCUGGUAGGGAGGGUGCUCUGCCAGCUCUGGUGCCAAGUUAUGUCGGUGACGUUGUGCCGCCCGCCUAUCAGCAUACUGUAUUUGAAUACUAAUUGUUGUUCACAGUUCACUUAUCAUCAUGUUAUUGAUGAAAUUACUGUAUCUGGCUCUAAAUUCAGUUUUAAGGAAAUUAGAGUUCCCUAGUGUGAAUGAAUACUUCUAACCAUUAUUUUGUACAGAGUAGAAAGACAGAAGAGAACAGAAUUUUCAACAUUGGUUAAUUAAAUGUUUAAGUUUUGUCUCUAAAUAUUAGUAAUCCUUAAUUUUAAACAUGGUUUUCACCAUUAAUGCACAAUCUAUAAAAACCAUUCAUUUUUUCCUGUGAAUGCACCCUACCUUGUUAUUUUAUUCUGUCUAACUGCAGACAAUUUUACUUGUCAUGGGGAAAGUACUGGUGCUCAAUGGGUGAAAGCUUUUUUUAAUUUCUCUAUGCAUGCACAUCCCUUGUACAUGUACAGUAUAUACCCAUUAUGGUACUGUACUAAAUAUUUCAGAAUCCAUUGGCAGUGGACCUUAUUCUCAACUUGCCCAAUGAUGGAAUACGUUUAAAGUUUGAUUCAUCAAUUCAACGACUUAAGGUAGUCAAAAAUAUUUCUUUAUCAUCUUGGGUCUGUACUGUUACUCUUUCAUUUUAAUAUUGACAAAAAUGUUUCUCAAUCAUUACUUUUUUUAAAGAUAAUUGAAGUAUAUCAGAUGAACAAAGUUAGGUUAAAAUAUUGGUAAGAUUGUGAAUUGUAGGAAAAUUUAUGUGAUUAUGCUUAUGAAUGAAAUAAGUGAAACUUGCUGUCAAUUAGGACUGAUGUUUUGUACUAUUUUCAGUGGUGUACAUUUCAACUCUCCACAUAUGGAGCCAACAAUUGAUCAGAUUGAUCAGUCCUUUGGUGCAACGCAUCCCGGAGGUAUAUUACUCAUGUUACCUAAUCUUAUUUGUUUGGUAAUCUGCAGUCAGGGGCAUGCAACUUGACUGUACAGAUUAGGGGGUGUAUGGUCACCAAUUAAUCUGCCAAGAAAUUCGUGAACUUUUCUAUCUUUACCUCUGAUGACUAAUUAACUGCUUUGCCCAACAUUCAGCCCAGCACUAGGCAAAAUUUGCCCGAUAUGACUAUAUGAAUAUCAUACCAUUUUUAAACUUUGGGGCGUGUCAUACCCCUCCCCCCCUCCCCCCCCCCACCCUCCACAGUUGCACCCCUGUCUGCAGUAAAGGCUAUAUAUGGCUGUAUCAUAUUAAAUUAAUGGUGAUAAUUAACAGCUUGUUUCCCCCAAAUCUAGUGUAUGAUUCAAGUCAUCAAUUGUUUUUUCUGAACUUCAGAGGAGUUUCAUUCACUUUUCCAAUUGAUUCAAAAUUUGAGGUAACAUUUGAUUAAAUACAACAAACUCGAUUUCAGUUUUGUUUCUCAUUCGAAGUUACCUGUGUACCAGACAUGUUCAUAAUAGACCCUUCCGGAAAGUAUGUCACUUUGGCUAUACAGCCUCGUUUUUGUGAUUGAGUGGAUUGGAUGUAACUAAACUCACAUACACAAAAACGAGGCUCUUAGUCAAAUGACAUACUUUCUUGAAAGGUUGUAUUGAAAUUUGAAACUUAAAUCUUUGCUUUCUAGCCUCAUUAUGUCCAUGGUCUUGGUUCACUUCAGUUUUCUUCUGGGGACUCACCAGUUGUGUCCAGAAUGAGUAUUUACAAUGGCAACAGUUCGUCAGGCAAAACUAAGUAUGUUUUGAAGAUGAUUGGAAACUCGGUUCGCAUAGCCAGCCUGACAAUUUAGUCCCGCUAUGCAAACUCAAAAUUAUUACCAUUAUUCAUUUCUUUAGAAAUUGAUUGUUUUCACAGUCAAUGAACACGAAAAUAUUUGCAUAGCGGGACUAAAUCGUCGGGCUGGCUACGCUACUGCCGAUUUACUGGUAUAUACUAGAAAACUAGUAUACUACUAGUGACGAAAUCCGGAUUUGGAAGAUGCAUCAUCAGUCUCAGUCUUUUAAAGCUUUAGUCAAACGAGGCUGAGAGUUGUCAAGAGUUGAUGAGAAUUUUCAUCAACUCCCAUGCUCUCAUGCAUCAACUCUCGUCAACUUUAAGAUGGUUCAAAUUUUGAUCAGAGUAUACCCAACGGGUGUGCAUGGUACUAUAUCCAGCCAGAUCUCAUCAGCUCUUACGUAACUCUUAUUCUCGUUUGCCGCGACCAAUGAGAGUUCAGAAAACUCUCAUGCAAACUCUCGCUUGCCAACUCUCGUCCUAUUUUGAUGGGGCUUUUAAAACCACAUAACAAAGUAUGCAUGUUGCCAAAUAAACUAGCUGGAAUCCGAUCCACAUGUACUGAAAAUCGGUUCUGAUUUCUGCUAACUAAUGCCUGAUUUUCCCCGAUAGUUUAACGAUGUGUUUAUGUAUACAAACGGACAACUGAGCUUGAGGUCAAGACAAACUAUGUACGCACGUUGCUCUGUGUGGCCCAAACUACGCAUGUAAUUGAUCUUGGUGAAUGAAUUCUUGAAUUGAAUUGAAUUGAAAUGAAACUUCAUUUCAUAAGGGUAGCACAUAACAGUGAAUUGACACAUUAACAAACCUGUCACCUAUGGCCUUUUUCCGUUUGUUUGCAAGUUGGUCCAGACGGAUCAUCCGUUUCUAUAAUAAAUACAUCGUGCAUGAUUUUGUUUUAUUUUUUACAUUCUGUAUUUUUGAAUGAAUAGAAUAUGAAAAUCUAAGAUCAAGUCGCACAGUCGACAAUACCCGUAUUUCGUGUUUUUUACCAGGGCACCUCCACUGCCAGUCCAAUGUUUUUACGGCAAUUGUUACGCAGAAUCUGUAAAAGUUUUAAAUUCUUCUGGAAAAGUUACUGGACUGCAAUUUCAACUCGUUGGUGAAGGUAUUAUAUUGAUCAAUCUUUUCAAUAAAACUUGAUGGCUGUUUUGAAAACUUAAGUAGCUAUUAAGAAUAUGCCAACGUAUACUUCAUCUGUUAAAGUAUGUUCUGUGUCCUUUGAAAAGGAAAUGAAUAUGGCAAGCUCCAUGAGUUGCGAAAGAAAGUGGUGGAACGCACAGUUUCAUUUGGCGAUACCUGUCAGGUAUGGAACAGUUUGUCAUGCCUUUACAGAGAGCUAAGCUUAGUUUAGUUUAAUUUCAGAUGAGGCAACCUUAUAGUGUGGGUUAUUUUAAGUGAAACAACUCGGCUGUAGAAGUAGUAAAAAUGUGAGCAAAGCCAACUUUUAACGCCUUAAAAUUUCGGUCAGAGAACCGUCUAACAAAAUGUUCGAUGACUUGGAGUUUGAGUCGGACAUAUAUGUAUUGUGAUGUCCGAUGGAUGUCCAAUGCUUUUGAGUUCAGUUCAGACACAAAUUAAUAUAUCAUGCAACACAAUUUGGAAAAGUCAUUUGAUCGAAUCUUAAUGGCAAUGCAUUUCCGAACCCCAAGGUUACACAUUUCCAGUUCACUUUUUAUACGUUACUCUGAUUCUCCAUUUAACAUAUUCUCCAUUUGACACGUCGGACAAAGUUACAGUUAGGUCGGAUACCAAUUCACUCGAGUCGGACAAACAAUAAACCUCAGUUUCACUUAGGUCGGACAGAAUAUCCGGUGGUUUCCUCUCUACGUCGGACAAUUUCACGAAUGGGUCGGACAAUGUCCAAGACCGACCGAUAUUUUAAGGUCUGCUUUCAAUAAUCCUGUUUUAGGACGUGAUGAGUUGCUUGGGAUCACCAUGCAAGGUGUUUUAUAAAUCCGAGGAUAAGGUAUGCAACUCUAUCCAGUCUUUUUCAAGCAGAUACAAAAUUUUGCAAGAUUUUUACUAGGACAUUAAACUUAUCCUCGUUUUCAGAUGAGAAUCCACUCACCAUAUCCGUAUAAACUUGAUCAAUCGAACAGUUCGGAUUAUUUUUACAAUUAUUUUACCCUUGGUUUGGUAAGUGUAUUAUUAAUAUACGAAAGAUAAUGUUUCACUUGAGAAUCUACUGCUCUCUUGAGACGUGGUAUAACUGUCUAGAAUUUGGUUGUUGGACGUUGCUACUUGGAAAAUAUGGAAAAUACUUCUUAUGUUUAUCUUUUGUCUGUCAGGAUAUUUUAUUCGACGCCACCAGCCACAAAGUGAAGAAGAUAAUUAUGCAUACGAACUUUCCAGGGCAUUAUAAUUUCAAUAUGUAAGUAGCAAUACAAACACCCAGGUUCCGAACUCAACGCAUUCAUGUGAAAAGAGUCGGCCAUGCAAUAGACCUUUCCCCUUAUAACCAAAAUUUUGAUGUAGGCAAGUCUAGACAAAUAUUUCAUCACAGCUUGAAAGAGCAUCACAAAAUUAGUAAUAUUCCAAAGUUUCGUUGUGAAAUGUUGUAAAAUGUGGAAAAUAGAGCCUUGCGAAGUUUGCAAUUUUCAGUCAUUUUGGGAAAACGGGAAAUUGCAGCCCCAACACCCGAAUCGGAUGUCAAUUUCCCGUUUGUAAUACAAAUUAACAAAAACGGCAAACUUCGCAAGGCUAUAUUAUCCGCAUUUUACAAGAUUUUGCAACAAAACUUUGGAAUAUUACUAAUUUUGUGAUGCUCUUUCAAGCUGUGACAAAAUUUUUGUCUAGAUCGAAAUUUUAGUUAUAAGGGGAAAGGUCCAUUCUUGGGUUUUCUCUGGGUAUUGACAGAGUUGAUUGGGAUUAACUCUUCUACCGUAAGCUGUGCUCCGUGAUCAGACAUGAGUCAUGAGGUGCAGGCUUCAGAAAUAUAUCAUUUAACUUUUCAGACGGGAAAGUGCAACAAUUCUCAGGGGAGGUGCAAAAAUCUCAAGGGAGGGGCAAAAAGAUCUUAGGGAAGCCUGGGGAGGUGCGCACCUCCCCUCAAAAUCCGGCCAUUCCCCCCUCCCCCCACACACACCUAACUAUACAGAGCUCAUCGCGUUAGAUUUGUUACCAAUACCGAAUAUUUACUUCAAUAUUUUUUGUAUCAGGUAUAAUCGAUGUCAGUUUGUUAUCAACAUUGAGCGAGGAAGAAAAGGUGGACUAGGUUUGUAAAGUUUCUUCAUUCAUUCAACCCAAUGAACUCCCAGCUAUAAAAUGUUGCUGAAAUUGUUCAAUGUUGUUCUUCUAAAGCAGAUGGUAAGCAAGAAGACGAACAUUUUGAGAUCAAUCCAUCUACAAAGGUGAGAUACAAACUUCUAAAGAGGGCGGACUGAUUUUAGCGGGGGCGGAUGUAGCCUCAUCUGCAAGGAGAGGUGCAAGUUUUCCAUGGGUGGUGCUUCAAUGGUGCAUGAGGGAGCCUUAUUGAUUCUCCUCUGCAAUAUGCAACGCUUUGCAUCAUCUUUUGUCUAUAAAUCACGUGAGCUGGAAGUUCCGUUAAUUUCUAUUCGAAAAGCAGAAAAUGUCUGGUCAAGCAGAUUUUUUAGGGCGAUGUUGGACCUCUUGUGGGGGCGGGGUGCUAGACACAACUAGGUCGGGUGGGCACCCCCUGUACCCCAACGGUAGAUCCGUCCCUAGAUUUUAGUAGUUUUUACUGAGUAGCACAUAUUUGUUUCUCGUCAACAGUGGGAUUGCGUGCAGAAUUUCUUGGGAAAAACAGUAGAGGCACCAGUCGUUUUGAAUAGGUAACGAUGAACUUCAUAUAUGAUAUACACAUUUUGUUCAGUGUUUUAUUAUAAAACUAUAUUUUGAUUUUCUACAGUCAAUGUUUUUUUCGUUAGAUCGUCGACAACAAAUACAUCCAAUCCGUUUGGUUCGACAUUUUGCUACAGCCUUCAGCACAUGAUAUUUGAGGUGAAAACUAAAACCUGGUUUACAUUAUAUAUCAAAGUUUCUCUGAUCACAGUAGGAAUUUUGCAUUGGUAAAUAGUGGUUCCAGCUAUAGACUAAAUUUUGAACAGAAUCCAUCACCACAGCUAGAAAGAGCAUGUUAAAAUUAGUAAAAUUGCCAAUUUUGGCCGCGACAUGUUGUAAAAUGCGGAAAACAUAGCCCUGCGAAAUUUGCCACGAUGACCAUACAGAGGCUAUCAUUUUCCCGUGCGUAAUAUAAAUUAAUUAAUACAAAAUUUACAAAUUUCGUAGGCUAUAUUUUCCUCAAUUUACAACAUUUCGUAACCAAACUUUGCAAUUUUACUAAUUUUAGCAUGCUCUUUCUAGCGGUGGUGAUGGAUUUUGUUGUUUCAUCGAAAUGUUUCAUCGAACUGACUCAGUGAUCACAAAACCUUUGACAGUGUAAACCAACCAGCCUUAACGCUCAUUUACCAUAACCAAUGCCCAGUUUAUACUCGAAACAAAUGAUCCAGCAGCAGACGAACUGGGUCAAAGGAAAGAUACAAUCACUUUCAAAAGUUUUUGGGACACAUGUAGUUUUAGAUUGUAAGUGGAUCAUUGCAAAGCGAACGCAACUUGUUGACGGCUAGUCGGCAGACUUGCCACAAGAUGCGAAAUUUUUGAAUGUGUACAAGACUAUACAUGUAAAAACGCACAACUUGUUACAGGUCUGCAAACAAGUUGUUACAAAUCUGUUCACAAGCUGUCAACAAGUUGUGUUCGCACUGCUUGUUCCUAGUUGUUGUAACAAGUUUGGAACAAGCUGUAAUAAACUUGUAACAAGCUUGAUGGCAUUAUCAGACUUGUUACAAGGUUAAUCUGAUACAGUCAUGAUACAACAAAAUUGUUACAAGGUUGAUGUCUUGAUGACACAAGGUUGUAACAAUAUUGUUAUAUUAUGACUGUAUGGGACUUGUUGGAACAACCUUGCAACAAGUCUGAUAAUAUCAACAAGGUUGUUACAAGUUGUUAACAGCUUCUUCCAAACUUGUUGACAACUUGGGACAAGCAGUGUGAACACAAUUUGUUGCCAGCUUAAAAAUCUCGCAUCUUGUAGAAAGUGUGCCAAGAAGCCAAGCUAUAUCAUGAUUGUAUCAGACUUGUUAGAACAACCUUGUAACAAGUCUGAUAAUAUCAACAAGAUUGUUACAAGUUGCAUGUUAACAGCUUGUUUCAAACUUGUUGACAACUAUGGACAAGCAGUGCGAACACAACUUGUUGUCAGAUUAACAUUUUUACGCGUGUAUACACGCAAAAAUCUCACAUCUUGUAACAAGUUUGUCAGCAACCGUCAAUAAGACAACAAGUUGUCUUCGCACUGCUUGUCUCAAGUUGUCAACAAGUUUGGAACAAGCUGUUAACAAUUUGUAACAACCUUGUUGAUAUUAUCAGGCUUGUUACAAGGUUGUUCCAACAAGUUCGAUACAGUCAUAAUAUAUCAGUAUUGUUACAACCUUGUGUCAUCAACCUUGUAGCAUUCUUGUUUAUCGUGACAGGAUCAGACUUGUUAGAACAACCUUGUGGCAAGUCUGAUAAUGCCAUCAAGCUUGUUACAUGUUGUUAACAGCUUGUUCCAAACUCGUUACAACAACUGGGAACAAGCAGUGCGAAGACUAUACAAUUACUUUAUGGUUUCCGUGUUUGGAUGGCCUGAUCCAAACACGCGGGAAUGUUGCGAGAGUUAAGAAAAGCGAGCGAAAUCACGAGCCGAAGGCGAGUGAUUUUGCCCGCUUUUCUUAACUCGAGCAACAUUCCCAAGUGUUUGGAUCAGUCCAUCCAAACACGGAAACCAUAAAGUAAUUGUUUUAUAAAAUAACAACAACACGAUAGUCUUCCGUGUUUGGAUGGCCUGAUCCAAACACGGCUUUUGACCAAUCAGAACACGCGUUAUAUACAUGUUAUUUUAUAAAACGUGUUGACAGCUUGUGAACAUAUUUGUAACAACUUGUUUGCAGACUUGUAACAACUUGUGCGUUUUUACGUGUGUAGUUGGUUUUGUGUUUGCAACAAGACGCGUCAGAUGGAUGAUACAUUUCGUAUUAAUCUGGUCAUUGAUAAUUACGAUAUCUUUAAACAUUUUGUAGGUUAUGCAGAACAACCAUAUCGCGUCGGUGACACUGUACCAAGAGAAGCCUUCGUGUCGUACGGACACAUUUUAAGAUUUGAAAUUUCAUUUUUAUACUGGUAUUAUUAAAUAUAGAUUUUAGAGAAAGUGGACAGCAGAAUUUAAUUGUAAAUAUAAUAUUUAUUUGUCGUAAAUGUUGGGCCUUUGUAUAUAAACAGAUAUUGGGGAAUUAAAAAUAUAAUAGUUUUGAAAACAGUGGGAAUAUUAAUUAAACGC